CAGAUUAUGGUCACACUUGUCUCAUAUUUUGUUUUUUGUUGCUCUUCCGCUGACUUGUUUUCUGUUUAAUAAAAGUUGCGCAUAAAUUCCGCAGAUAAUCGUUAUUAGAAACGUUAUUCAAUGCUGCUGCUCCCUUUUAUUUGCUUUUGCUAGGAGCCUGGAGUUUUUAAAUUAAAUUGGAUACACUUACACUCAUAUACACACAACUAGGAGCAUCGGAUUCAAGGAUAAUUGUCAAGGACUGCAGCAACAAAAACACAGCCAACAUGUCGGUGGCCGGGCUUCGGCAGUGUCUGCUGCUCUGGAGCGUUGACUAUUGGAACCUGGAAGUCAUGGCCGACAAUGUGUUCAAGUCGCACGAUAUCGGGCUGCGAGCUCAGAAGAAAAUCCUCUCACGCAUGGCGACGAAAAACAUCGCCAAGACAUUCAUUGAUGGGACGACAGCCUCGCUCCUGGACAACCUGUACCGGCUUUGCAAGAUGCACACGGGCAACAAGGCCAAGGCGGAGAAGCUGAUCAAGAACAUCAUCAAAAUAGUCAUCAAGAUCGGAGUGCUGCACCGGAACAAUCAGUUCAGCGAGGAAGAGCUCCAAAAGGCGGAGAACUUCAAGAGGAAAUUUCAGAACACCCAACUCUCCAUCAUAUCAUUCUACGAAGUGGACUUCACCUUUGACCUGGCGUACCUGCAAAAAUCCAUAGCCGAAUCGCACGUGGCGCUGAAGUCAAUUGUGCAGCCGCAUCUCACAGAGAAAUCGCUGGGACGCAUCGAUGAGGUGUUCGAUUUCUUUGGGGAGGCGGCGCUGUUGGAAACCGCUUUCAGAUCCGAUUCCCCCUAUCGCGAGGUGAUGGGAAAAAUCGUGGCCGACAUUAACUCGGCCAUGGAAACGGGCGACAUCUGAGCAGGGCAGAGCUGUCAUUGCGUGCUAUGAAAGAAAGGCUAUCUAUCGAAACCAAAAACAAAAGCAAACAGCUACUGGCGAAGGAAUGGAGAGCGCUUGCUUAACUAAGCUCACCCACCAACACCAAAAUACAAAAUCUAGAUAUAGAACAGCCGAGGCAGUGGGGGAAAGCGACAGAAAGAAAGACGGGAAAAGAAACUAAAAAAGGCAUAAGUUUAAACAAGAGUUAAAUUUAGUUUAAAUAGUGAUAUCAUUGACAACAAUAUCAAAAGUGUAAAGACGUCCGUAUUGAUUAUUUUGAUGACAACGUUAACAUUUGUGUACUCAAGAUCUACUCUACCUAUUGUAAUGUUUAAUAUUUAGGAAUACCAAAUGCAUUUCGCCAAAGGAAUUCAC